AUGCGAUUCUUGAUUGUAUUGGUAAGUUUUUUUUUUGAAAAAAAUGAUUUAUUCUCGAGAAAUUUGAAAGGUUACUGUAGUUUUGCUAUUGAUUUGAAGGAAUUUUUGGAAAACUCUGAAUUCUUAAACACAUAAAAUAUGUCUUUGAAAAUCUGAGAGCCUUCACGGAGUUGUAACAUUUUUGGGGUUCCACCCCUUGACAUGAAACAAUUUUUAUCUAGUUUUUAGAUUAUUUUUUCUUUGAUCAUCAAAAGUCCAUAAAAAUGAGAAAUUAAUUUGUCAUCUACUUUUGCAUCACAUCAUCGUUUUUUAAUUAUUUUUCUACUUCCAUAAAAAAAUGUUCUGAGCUCAAUUCCACUCUGACCUUUUCCGUCUUUUUUUGAUUUAUGAAAUCUUCUCCUUCAAGUACCAUUAUUCUUUUUUUGAUGUCAUCGUAAAUGUAUAGAAAUCCAUUAGGGUUUGCCUUUUUCCAUUGAAAAUUGAAAAAAUACGACUACUAUAAGAUUUUGUCUUCUGUUUUGCUGUUGAAGCAAGAAAUACAAAUCCAAAAAAGAUGCUGCGAGUUGGGAAAAAGGUGGAGAUUCGAUUUGACUAAUUCGAAUUAAAAAUUAAAAAUUCAGUGAGGGAGUCAGUCUCGUGAGAAUCUAGUCUUGUAUAAAAGCAACAUUAAUGACAACAUGUAAAUUGAUAUUUAUUCGAAAUAUGUUAGUCUCUGUGGGUGGUGUUUUUUGGUUAUUCGAUCUGUUGGUCAAAGUUAACUUCCCUUGGGGUUUCUUAUCUAUCUUCACUUCAAAAAUAAAGAAAAACCACCAGAAAAGAACAAAAUAUAUUUCUAACAUUUUUAGAUAUCCUUCAUCUUUCUCAUAAUCUCAUCAACAUUUGCGCAAGUUUCGGAUGAUGAUUCUUACUUUAUGAGAUUACGUAAGUUGGCUAUUUUCAUAGCAUCAUUCCAAAAUGUUGUUUUUUCAGAAAAAUCAAGUAAUCCAAUGAUGAAAUUCGUGAACCCAUUCCCAUAUCACAAUCCAUCAUUCCAUCUUAGAGAAGAAAACAGAAGAAAAUUCUCACCGUUCUGA